AUGGAGCCCAGCAACAGAACAGCCGUCUCCGAGUUCAUCUUGAAGGGAUUUUCUGGUUACCCGGCCCUGGAGCACCUACUCUUUCCUCUGUGUUCAUCCAUGUACCUGGUGACCCUGCUGGGGAACAGCGCCAUUGUGGCGGUGAGCACACUGGAUGCCCGCCUACACACACCCAUGUACUUUUUUCUGGGUAAUCUUUCCAUUCUGGACAUCUGCUACACAUCUACUUUCGUGCCCCUGAUGCUGGUCCACCUCCUGUCGUCCCGGAAGACCAUCUCCUUUACUGGCUGUGCCAUCCAGAUGUGUCUGAGCCUCUCUACAGGCUCCACAGAGUGCCUGCUGCUUGCCAUCAUGGCCUAUGACCGCUACCUGGCCAUCUGCCAGCCACUCAGGUACCCUGUACUCAUGAGCCAGAGGCUCUGCCUGAUGCUGGCAGGUACCUCCUGGGCACUCUGCCUCUUUAAGUCCGUGACAGAAACCGUCAUUGCCAUGAGGCUGCCCUUCUGUGGCCACCACGUGAUCAGACACUUCACCUGCGAGAUCCUGGCUGUGCUGAAGCUGGCCUGCGGUGACACAUCGGUCAGCGAUGUUUUCCUGCUGGUGGGCGCCAUCCUCCUCCUGCCUGUACCCCUGACCCUCAUCUGCCUGUCCUACAUGCUGAUCCUGGCCACCAUCCUGAGAGUGCCCUCAGCCGCCGGGCGCCGCAAAGCCUUCUCCACCUGCUCAGCACACCUGGCUGUGGUCCUGCUUUUCUAUAGCACCAUCAUCUUCAUGUAUAUGAAACCCAAGAGCAAGGAGGCCCACAUCUCUGACCAGGUCUUCACAGUCCUCUACGCUGUGGUCACCCCCAUGCUGAACCCCAUCAUCUACAGCCUGAGGAACAAGGAGGUGAAGGAGGCUGUCAGGAAAGUUUGGGGCAGUCGACAGGCCUGUAGGUGA